AUGGAAAUUAAAGUGCUUGAUCAGCAAUACCAGAAGCUAUUACAGGGGACCCUUAUCAUUGGAGGUAUUUCUGAUAUUGCGAAGGAGCUUAUUCAAAAUGCGAUAGAUGCCAAAGCAACGCAAAUCAAAGUAAUCUUGAAAUUUGAUCUUGAGGGCAAAUGUGUCAAUGUGAUUUGCGAGGACGAUGGAGUUGGCAUUCCACUAAAUGACAUGAAAAUUGUUGGAAAACGUUAUCAUACAUCAAAACUUCCCGGUCAAUCUGAGACGUUAGGAUAUAGAGGUCAGGCCCUCAACUCUAUUAUCAACAUUAGUACGGCAUGUAUGAUAUCAUCGAAAACGGAAAAGGAUUCAAUGAUGAGUCGCAUUCUAUUUUCCAGAGAGGCUGGAAAUGUUUCUAGAACUUUAACUACGGAGAAACAAGAAGACACCAGUUGUUCAAUGAUAAAUUGGGCGGACCAUGGAACGAGAGUUUACGCUUAUGAUGUAUUCGGAUCAGUUCCUGUUCGCAAACAUCAGAUUUUCAGACAUGACAUGCAUAAGCAGAAUAGAAAGUUUCAUAAAGUAUAUUCAGAGAUCAGAAGGAUAACUUUAGAUAGUUGUGCCUGGAAACCUUCGAUAAGUUUACUGAUUGAAAUUGAAAGUGGAAACCAGACCAGAACAUUGAUGAACAUUUCGAGAGGAGUUUUAAGCCGUUUAAAGCAUGUCGUCAAUUUAUUCAGGCAGAUAUACGGGAAAAAUGCCAUGAGAAAUUAUUCGGAAGUUGGAAAUACUAAAGAUGGUGUGGAUAUACAAAUGGCAAUCGGAUCAGCGUUAGUGGAUAAUAAACGUUAUCGUAUUAUCUAUUUAAACGGGAGACCUUUAACCGAAGGAGACAUAUAUGACGAAAUCCAAUCAAGAGUUAGGAGUAAGGCUCCAGAUGGGAACUUCAGUUUCAUUACAUUUAUUGAAUGUAAUCGAGUACAUUACAACGUUUCUCUGGGUUCAUUGAGGGGCAGUGCUACGGCCAAAGUUAAGAAAGAAAUUAGAAGUAUGAUUGAUGGACUUGCUCAAGAAUACUUUUCAAAACAGAAUUCUGACAGAUGGUUGCAUCUUAAAAGUGAUCACUAUGAUUUAAGACGCGUUCAAAAGCUUCCGGAAAGUCGCUUAUUUGCGAGAUCCAAGUAUUUUUCCGAUACUUGUGGAUUCGAAAUAAGCAAGCUCAAAGCUAUUCAAAAUCUGACUGUGGUUAACCAAGUUGAUCGCAAAUUCAUUCUCUGCAAAAUUACAAACCAGGACGGUGAAUACCUCGUUGCGUUUGAUCAACAUGCAUGCCAAGAGCGAAUAAACCUUGAGAAGAUAUACCAGGAGAUGUUUAAGAUGAAUUUCAAAUGCAAACUUGAUAACCCCUUGAGAAUGCAGUUGAACGAGGAGGCAAAAGAUGAGCUGGUGGACUUUCAGGAAACGCUUGAAUUUUGGGGAAUCAAGACGGUGAAGAACGGUGCAAAUUAUUAUAUUAUAGAAUUACCCGAAUUUGUGAUCAAGGCAAUAGAUACUAAAAGUGUUCUGUGUCCGGAGAAGAUAGAAUCUGAGAUCUGUCAAUUUAUGGAAGAUUUGGCUUCAGGAAGGAAGUUUGAAAUGAAGGUUGGAGUAUCACAUAACUGGUGGACUUUGAUCAGCCAAAUGCCAAAAUUGUGGUGCAGUAUCCUUAAGAAGAAAUCGUGCAGUAUAUCCACCAAGUUUGGCGAAAAGUUGACCAAGGAAAGCUGCCAAACGUUGAUAAAACAGUUAUUCGAGUGCCAAGAUCCGUUCCACUGUGCACAUGGCAGGACCACAAUGUAUCCGUUAUGUCGCUUAUAA